AUGAAUAAAAAUGAAAGUAAUCUUUUGGAUUAUUGUGGAAAGCAUUUUAAAGAGAAGAUACAUACAGCCCUAGUUGAUUUGGUUAAUAAAGCUCAUCGAAUGCAACCCCCACCUACAUUACAACCUAAUGAUCAGCAAUUUGAAAGAUUCUAUCAAUCGUAUGUCACUGCACUCAUUUCCCUCCAUGAACUUUAUACAAUGACUCAACAACACCAACAACAAAAUAGUGCAAAUAUUUUUGAAUUUGAAGCACAUAUAGCCCAUUUUAAAACACAAUUAAAUGCUUGUUUUGCUUUACAAAGAGCAUUUGCUAAUUCUCACGGUUCAAUGAUUUGGAGACAAUUAAGAGAACAUCAAAUACGAAAAAUGACAAAUUAUGGAUAUGAAAAUAAAGGGUUUCUUGAUUCUGCCGUUACAUUUUAUGCUCAUAUGUUAUACAAUUUGGGGGUUUUGGCUGCUAGAAUACAGGGAUUCGCUUAUGAAAUUCGCAACAACAAAACUUUUGUUUCUGGUCAUUCUGAUUUGGUUAAACCUUUAUUGGCAAUUGUCUAUAAAAUGGCAGAUGUUUUACUUAGUGAUAGCAUUAUUUGUCUAGAACCAAGUCUAAAUCCAAUUUUGGUUACUAAUAAUUUGUAUGUUUUGUCCUUUGAUUUGACAUAA